AUGGAUCAACAGGUAGACCGACUGGUCAACAAGACCUGGGCAAAAUUCUGCUCAACAGCAGACGACGCGCGCCUAAUGAUCGCCAUCAGCGGAAUCCCAGGCUCUGGCAAGACAGGCCUAGCAACUAUGAUGGCAGCGCGUAUUAACAAGAUCUACGCCUCGGAGAACCCAGCAUCACCAACACCAAUAGCAAUUGCCCUCCCAAUGGACGGCUACCACCUGACACGUGCACAGUUGGCCGCCAUGCCGGAUCCGGCGCACGCGGCGGCCCGACGAGGCGCAGCGUUUACUUUCGACGGCGAUAAAUUCCUCGAGCUUGUGCGCGCUCUGCGAGAGCCGCUUACGGCUCGCACGGGCAAUCUUUACGCGCCAAGCUUUGACCAUGCUAUCAAGGAUCCUGUUGAUGGGGAUAUUGCCAUCGCACCGAGUUGUCGGGUGGUGUUUUUUGAAGGAAAUUAUCUUAGUUUGGAUCGGGCACCGUGGAAUGAAGCCGCUAAAUUGAUGGAUGAGCUUUGGUUUGUUGAUGUUGAUUUUGAUAUUGCGAGGCAGAGGUUGGUGGUUAGGCAUGUUAAGGCGGGAAUUGCGAGGGAUGCAGAAGAUGCGGAUAAGAGGGCUAGAGAGAAUGAUUUGGUUAAUGGGAAAGAGAUUGUGGAUUACAGGUUGCCGGUGCAAGAGGUUGUUUUUAGUAUUUUUGAUCCUGUUUGGGAAAUGUCAUGA